CUCCAAUGUAAAUGAUGUGAAACUUCUCCAGAAUCUGCGUAAAAAGCAGCAUGGUGUUAGUGUCACUUCACUGAACCUGGGGAAGAAGGUCCCCAAGGUGGUGGACACAGUCUCCAAUAAUGACCCAUUCAAUCUGCAGACAGGUGGGAUGAUGGACAUGAAGGCUAUAAAAGCCAGGAGGCCCACAACAGAAGAGAUAGAAUCUAUAGGCACAGCUUUUGCUGCUGAAACUAACAGAAGAGAUGAGGAUGCUGACAUGUUGAAGUAUGUUGAAGAAGAGUUGAUGAAGAGGAAAGGUGUUGGUAAAGAUGAACCUCAGGAGAGAAAAGCAAGCCAGAAUCCAAUGGAUGCACUGUAUGAUGUACCUGAGCACCUCCGCGUUGGAUUAUGGAGUAAAAACGAAGAUAUGUUGUCCAAUCAGAUGCUGUCUGGAAUUCCUGAGGUGGACUUGGGAAUAGAGGCUAAAAUAAAAAAUAUAGAAGCCACAGAGGAAGCAAAAGCACAGCUACUGAGAGAAAGAAUGAACAAGAAAGACAAUGUCUCAGAAUUUGUACCAACAAAUUAUGCAGUGAAUUUUGUACAGCACAAGAGAUUCACGUUUGAGGAGAACAAACCAGCACAAAAGGCAGUCAAGGAAGAGGCCCCCAAACCUAAACCUGUUAGAGUUGGGGAUUAUAACUCUGAAGACACUGCUACAGACAAAUCUGGAAAGAAAAAAUCUGGAGAUGAAAAAGCCACAGAUGACUUCCAUUUUGAGAGGUUUAAGAAACAGGUUCUAAGGAGGUAACGGCUGGACAUCUUGUGACAGCGUCAGACGAUGUGUUCAUGUGACUUUGAUGGUUAAUCAUUUCGUGAAUAAUGCAUCACACUGUUACGUGUUACAUUCAUUGUAUGCUGCUCUUUGGAGUUGAUUGGACCAAUCAAAUGCUAAGCAACAUCACAGACAGUGUUUGCAGCUUUGAAGAAAUAUUAUGGGAUGGUAUGUCUUCAGGUCUCACAAAAGUGAAGAGUUCCUACACUGGACUGCAAAGGUGUCAUUCUUAGUCCAUUAAAUCAAUGUCCACUGACUCCAGUGUCCAGUUUUCAAGGCAAUUCAAGCUAAAGUGGUAUUUUUCCAUCAGUGGAUGCUGCAAAUGCUGGGAUAAAGAAAACAUCUUAUUGACAAAAUAUUGGUUGUACUUUUAAGUACAUUGUGAUGGAAAGUACUUGGUGUUUGACGACCUUUACUGGAAGUUGAUUAGGUUAUUCAGGACCAAGGGAAUGAAAUUGUUAAAGAUGACAGAUUAUAGAAUCUUGUAAAAACCCUGACACCAAAAGUGUGCAGUAGACAUUCAUUAGAACCAGAAGUGAACAUAUGGAAAAUGGGACUAACAAUUAGUCCUAGUUACAACACAAGUCAUCCACUGUAUGCCACAUACAAGAGCCUAAUUAUAUCGAGGUGCAGCAGAGAUAUAAUUUGCUCUUGUAUGUGGCAUACAGUGGACGAGGAGGAGUAAUUCUGUUGUAACCGACUUGUACCACAGCUGGUGCUUUCAAACAAUAGGAUAAGUGCACAGAAGCGUAUGCAAACACAGGCAAGCCUGUAUGCGAAAUACCAGUGCAAUUAUCCUCGUUUGAAGUGCCAGUCAUGGUAUAAAUAAUACAUUUAAUUAUGACUUUUACUAUUUUUAGAAAUUAUAUUUUGAUUUCAUUUUACCUCAAUGAAUCAUCACAGUGACUGUAAUCAGUUUUAAUAAUAUACCAUGCGUUUGAAAUACUCUGGGCAGUACUGAAGGCCCAAUACUUAGAUAGGCAGAAGAAAAUGUUUUUUAACAUACAUUUUGUAUACCCCAACUUUUACAUGAUUCACCUAUAAUUUUGGUAACAGUUUGUUUAUAAACUACUAAAGAAAUAUUUUGGCAAACUAAAAAGCUUUCCUUUUAUCAUUUUUCCACCUUAUUUAUUUUUCAUGGAAAAGU